AUGUCCGUCUGCUCCAGCAACCUCAGCUAUGGCAGCAACAUCUGCAUGCCCGCUUCUCACGACUCCUGGCAGGUGGACGACUGCCCAGAGAGCUGCUGCGAGCCGCCCUGCUGUGCCCCCAGCUGCUGCGCCCCGUCCUCCUGUGUGACCCUCUGCUGCAAGCCCUCCUCCUGUGUGACCCUCUGCUGCAGGCCCGUGUGUUGCAAGCCUGUCUGCUGUGUGCCCGUGUGCUCUGAGAGCUCCUGCUGCUGCCAGCCGUCUAGCUGCCAGCCCUCGUGCUGUGGCUCCUCCCCCUGCCAGGAGUCCUCCUGUGUGACCCUCUGCUGCAGCAAGCCCCUGUGCUGCAAGCCUGUCUGCUGUGUGCCCGUGUGCUCUGAGGGCUCCUCCUGCUGCCAGCAGUCUAGCUGCCAGCCCUCAUGCUGUGGUUCCUCCCCCUGCCAGGAGUCCUCCUGUGUGACCCUCUGCUGCAGGCCAGUGAGUUGCAAGCCUGUCUGCUGUGUGCCCGUCUGCUCCUCCUCCUCCUGCUGCCAGCAGUCUAGCUGCCAGCCCUCAUGCUGUGGUUCCUCCCCCUGCCAGGAGUCCUCCUGUCAACCCCGGCCCUGCUCACCCAGCACCUGUAUCAGCUCCUCCUGCCCAGUGGACAAUGGCCAGGAGAGCUGCUGCGAGCCGCCCUGCUGUGCCCCCAGCUGCUGCGCCCCGUCCUCCUGUGUGACCCUCUGCUGCAAGCCCGUGUGCUGCAAGCCUGUCUGCUGUGUGCCCGUGUGCUCCUCCUCCUCCUCCUGCUGCCAGCAGUCUAGCUGCCAGCCUUCAUGCUGUGGCUCCUCCCCCUGCCAGGAGUCCUCCUGUGUGACCCUCUGCUGCGUGCCCGUGUGCUGCAAGCCUGUCUGCUGUGUGCCCGUGUGCUCCUCCUCCUCCUCCUGCUGCCAGCAGUCUAGCUGCCAGCCCUCAUGCUGUGGCUCCUCCCCCUGCCAGGAGUCCUCCUGUGUGACCCUCUGCUGCAGGCCCGUGUGCUGCAAGCCUGUCUGCUGUGUGCCCGUGUGCUCUGAGAGCUCCUCCUGCUGCCAGCAGUCUGCACCCUCGUGCUGCCAGCCCAGCUGCUGCCCCUCGUCCUGCUGCAGACCCUCCUCCAGCGUGUCCCUGCUCUGCCGCCCCGUGUGCAGACCCGCCUGCAGUGUGCCCGCCUCCUCCUGCUGUGCCCCCGCCUCGUGCUGCCAGCCCAGCUGCUGCCGCCCGGCCUCCAGCGUGUCCCUGCUCUGCCGGCCUGCCUGCCCCCGCCCGGCCUGCUGUGGCCUCUCCUCGGGCCAGUCCUGCUGCUGA